AUGAUGGAACUGAUAGCCCAAAAGCAACAAGAACGUGAAGAGCGAGAAAAACGGGAACGAAUUGAACAGGAGAAAGAGAGGCGGAGACAGGGACAAGAGCUUUCUGUAAUCAGACAAAAACUUCAAGAACAAGAGAUGCAAAAAGCAGUAGAAGAGAGGAGGCGAGAAAAACAAGAGGAGAGACUGGCCAGAGAGCGUGUCCGGGACAAAAUUGCAAGGGAUAAAGCAGAGAGAGCCAGAAGGUAUGGUGGAGAGACAUCAGAUCCAAUUUCCCCUCCAGCGGAGACACCUGUUCAAACCACCACACUCUCCCCAUCAUCCCCAACACAGGAGCCACCUACUAAGAAGGAGUAUGAUCAGUGUCGUAUACAGGUCCGCCUUUUAGAUGGUACUGCCCUAUCGCAAACAUUUCGUGCACGAGAGCAGCUGGCUGCUGUCCGAUUGUAUGUGGAAUUAAAUUGGCCCGAUGGCCCAAUAGGACCUUUUAACCUUAUGACUAGCUUCCCACGAAGGGUGUUUACAGAAGAAGAUAUGGAAAAGCCACUGCAGGAGCUUGGUUUGGUGCCUUCAGCUGUCUUAAUUGUCGCUAGAAAGUAA